AUGACUUCAUUCAGGGAAGACAUGUUGAUGACAUUGCCGAAACUACAAACACACCAGAACAAGCAACUGAAGCAGCAGCACAAUGACGAGACCCCUGCAUGGCAGACGGUCCCCCUUGGCAAAAUGGCAGGUAAUCGGCAUAGCGUAUCCAUCAACGGUGGGAAACCGAUCAAAGUGAUUGUUCUCGGUCUCGCUAAGGUUGGCAAAACUGCUCUGAUUUACCAAUUUCUCUAUAAUAAAAUACCAGACAAAUAUAAACCAACAAUCGAUGAUACACACUACGCAACCUUCAACGCAGCUAAAGAAAAAAUCGUGUUCGAAAUCCUAGACACGUCAGGAUCACUCGAGUUUCCAGCAAUGCUAGAUCUCUCUAUUAAACAGUAUGAUGUAUUUGUCCUUGUUUACGAUGCCAGUAAUCCCAACACUUUUAAAAAAGUCAAGGAGCUGUACGAUAAAAUUUUGCAUACGAAAAACAAUGCACCAAUCGUCUUCGUUGGAAAUAAAAUCGACCUCUGUGAUGACAAACAGCUGGUAAAGAUCGAGACAAAUCGCAGACGUAUCACGCAGGAAUGGGAACAUGGCUUCGUCGCGGCAUCAGCUAAGAACAAUACAAAUACUUGGCAGGUAUUUCAAGAAUUACUAAAACAAGCCAAGAUUGAGUAUGAUUUGCAACCGGCACUCAAUAAACGCCGCCAGUCUCUUCCACCAUCCCAUAACAACUCCCAAACCAGCAUAAAUCAAGUCGCGCUUUCCCCCGCUCAGCUUCAGCAUCUUGAGCGGAUCCGGGAGAGCUCAGAUUUGACCUCAAAAAAGGGCCGCAACUCUUGCAAUGUAUCGUAAAAUGUCUUUUUUAUCUUGAUCUCCAAAUAAAUCUAACUCGUCAAGACAUACAACCUUCAACUGCAUUAAAAACUAUAUGCCUACAUUGUGGAAGGACAUUAUAAAUACCUUUUGUAUGAAAGAUAUAAAAGUUUUGUAUUUCGUAGUCAUUAUAAUACCAAAAAUUUGAAACCUUGUAAUUAUUUAAG